AUGUUUCUGUUCCAUACAGGAGGCGGCCCACCGCCACCACCACCACCGCCAGGAGGAGGACCUCCGCCUCCACCCCCACCCCCAGGUGUCGGACCCCCACCGCCCCCCGGGGCGCCAGCCGCGCCGGCCGCGCCGGUUGUGCCCCUGAGACCAAAGAUUGUACCAAAGAAGAAAAUGAGAAGUCUGUUUUGGAAAAAGGUGGAGAUGAACAAGCUUUCGCAAGACAAAGACAAUGUGUGGAAGCAUGUGGAGGACAUUCCUAUCGGAAAGAUUGAAGACGAGCUACUGAAGCUCUUUGCACAAGCAGCGCCGGUGAAGAAGGAACCGAAAGCCGUGGAGGAAAAGCCAAAAGUGGCUCAAAUAUUAGAUUCCAAGCGAUCACAAGCCGUGGGCAUUGUGAUAAAUAGUCUCCAGCGCAAAGGAUUGGGUAUCGAUGAGGUGAAGAAAGCCAUUCUCGAAGUAGAUUCAGAAAAAUUAGGGAACGAUAAUGUGCAACAAAUAGCCUCCGUACUGGGAAAGCCGGAAGAAUUGGCACAAAUUAGGAGUCAUGUGGGAUCAAGCGAUACACCUUUGGACCGGCCUGAACAGUUCCUACUGACUCUAGAUGAAAUACCGGCGCUAGAGGCAUGGAUGGAGUGCUGGAGAUUCAAAAGUAUAUGGCAAGAGGAGCUCGAUGAAUGCGAGGGCAAGAUCGACUCCGUCACCAAAGCAAUACACGCUAUACGAGACAAUGAGGCUAUCAAAGAAGUGCUGGCUUGGGCCUUAUGUAUAGGCAACUACAUGAAUGGUGGCACCAACAGAGGUCAGGCAGACGGAUUUGCCAUUGAGCUUAUCCCAAAACUGGGAGAUGUCAAAUCAGCAGAUCAGAAGACAACCCUGAUCAGUUACGUAAUGUCAAAGUUAUACUACAAGGGUAUCGACAUCAACGAGAUCAUCGAUGCCAUUGUCGCGAAGGGCCAGGCAGAGCCUCCGAAAAUUCCUUUCCCGUUACCGGCUGUGUCGAUGUGUGAGAAAGGCGCCAGAAUCAGUUUUGAAGACGUAACGAGCAAUGUGGCCCAAUUAGACAAGCUUUUGAAAAAUGCGAGCAACCGUGUGCCCCAGGUACAGAAAGCAAUAGAGGCGGCCGAAGUUGUAGAUGGGGCGCCCUUUGAGGAGAAAUUGGCCAAAUUUAUGAAUGAAGCGGAGGCCUCGUUUGAUGAGGUGAAACAGGCGUUUGACAGCAUCAAACAAGACAUAUACAAGCUGGCUAUUUAUUACGGUGUUCCAGAUAUGAAGGCGAAGAAGAUGACAUCAGAAGAAAUGAUCGAUCUGUGGUUGCCGUUCUUCACGAAGUGCAAUGACGCCUGGGAAGCAGAGGAGAAGAAUAUAUUGGGCACUGUCAAAGCGAAGAUUCUAGAAGAGAAAAGGCUGAAGAAAGAGGCGGUCGCUACGAAGAAAGCUGUGAAACCGUCGAAGACGGAGGGCAAGGAAGGCAAAUUAUCAUCAAUGGGUAAGAAAUUUGGCAGAAUCGGGCGCAAAAAGAAAGGGAAUGCUGAAGCUGGUUAUGACCCAGAAAAGUUUGCUAAAAAGAAUGGCCGGAAGCAGUCUCCUGAUAGUUCGGUUCCAAAUUCAAUUGAAGAUGUUUCUGGUAGUGUGAGCAGUGGUACUAAAGGAGUUGAGAAAAAUAUGAACAAGGACAAAGCAGAUACCAAGACGAACGAUGCCAAACAGAACGCUGGAAAGGAGACUGAUAAAGGCAACAAAGAUGGCAAAAAUAGGAGACGCGGGAGCAGUUUCAUACCCGAUUCCGAUGCACUUACUACCCAGCCCGGACUGGUGCGUGGUAUGUCGAUGAACGAUAUUUAAACACUUACCUUCAGAUAUCAAUAAAUCAUAGUAAACUGA